CCAAGCUUCCACAGUUUCCUAGGAAUAGAAAUCGAAAAAUUAUGAUCCUUUGAAUGAAGAAGUUUCUUUUCAAUACUGGUGAAUUUGGUGUACAUUUUAUUUUGGGAAUGUUACCCCUAAGUUUAGACACCCCAAUCAGCAUCUUCCCUACAUUUACCUUGUAAAUACCUUGAAGAGCCUUGUACCUCUGAUUUUUCUAAACUCCCGGGAACAGGGACCUGGCCCACUCAAUUACUCCUCAUAUGACAGACCUGCCUUUGUGAAAACCAGUCAAAUAUAUCACUUUCUAGCUAUGGAAACCAAAAUUAUGGAGGUAAUUAAUGGCUCUGUAAAUGGGCUGGGAGUAAAGAAAGGCUAGUCCUAUCUCCUGAGGUCAUGAGCAACAGAAGGAGAUGGCCACAAGCCAUAUCUUCUGUCUCAAUUCCUCUUCCCUUCUGUCCUCUUUCCUCAUUUACAGCUUUUCUAUGUGCCUUUUGAAGCAGUUCCUUCAAAAGAAAGAGAGUGAUUGUUCCAUUCACACCAAUCGCUAUUGUUGGCAGAAUUUCAGAUGGUAACGAGAGGGAGCUCAUGAGCGAGAUAUCGCAGCUAGUUGAGUGGUGUUGCAGCAACAACCUUACAUUCAACAUCAGUAAGACCAAAAACCUGAUUGUGGACUUCAGAAACGCAUUCGAUUGACUGUAUGAAUCCGUUCUCACGGGAACUGAACCAACUAGCAGAAUAUCUUAAGGAGGCUUUGCAGCGUGAGCAGCUCCUGGAACAGAAGUUGGAGACGCUGCAGUAUUUACUAACCAACACACAGCUCCUCUCUGACAAUGUCUGGCAGGACACUCAGGCUGAAUGUGCUAAUCUGACAGUGAAGAGGAGGAAAUCAUAUCGAUCAGACUUGGAAAUCAGAAUCAAACACACAACCAUGGAAGCCAAGGUACAGGAGCUGAUGAGUGCAAAUGACCAGGAGAAGCUUAUGGAGGUGAAUACAGGAAACGCUGAGGGAGAGAAGAAAGAUGGUGGGGAGAUUCUGGAAGGGAAAGAACUAGCUUCACCUGACAAUGACAUGGAGGAUGGGUUGAGUAAGAAACGUCGAAGACCAACUCUACGGAAAGAAAAAAGACUUCAGGAAUCGAAGAUUCUCCGUAAACAAGCCAUGAUUAGAGACAUGAGUGAGAGAGGUCCCCCAGAAGUGAAGGUUCUGCGUCAGCAAGCAAUUGUCCGUGAUAUGAGCGGUGAUUUGCUAUCAGGAGACGUCAAGUCAAAUGUAUCAACGUCAACUGCCUCAACUUCAGGUGACUCAGAGACACAUGUGAAGUCACCUGGUAUUCCAGUCUCUGAGGUGAAAUCAGAACCGUCAACAGUAUCAGAGGCAAAUUCUGCUAAUCUCAAGGCUUCUGAAAUUGGUUCAUCUGAUCACAAAUCAACUGAUGUUAAAUUAGCAGAUUCUAUACCAGCUGUGGUCAUGUCAUCCAAUUCUCAGACAUCUCAGGUCAGGUUAGCCAUUUGCAAAUCAUCUGAGGUAAAGCCUACACCCAAAUCACUUGAGGACAACACAGUUGAUCCUAAGGUAUCAGAAGUCAUGUCAGAUGAUCUCAAAAAAUCUGAAGUCAAUUCAACAUGUCCUAAAUCAUCUGAGGUCAAGACAGUUGAUCCUAAUAUAUCAGUGGUCAAGUCAACUGAUAUAAAAGCACCUGAGAUCAAGUCAGCUUGUUUUGAACCAUCUGAUGUCAAGACAAUUGAUCCCAAGGUGAUAGAAGUCAAAUCAGCUGAUCGCAAGCCAGUUGAAAUCGAAACAGUUGAUGCUAAAUUGUCAGAGGUCAAGUUGCCAGAUUCUAAGUCAUCGAAAAUCCAGACACCGUAUCCUAAACCAUCUGAGAUGUCAGCUUGUUCUAAACCAUUUGAUGUCAAGACAAUUGAACCCAAUAUAAUCGAGGUCAAAUCAGAUUAUCGCAAACCUUCUGAUGUCAAGACAAUUGAUCCCAAAGAUUCAGAGGUCAAAUUAGAAUAUUCCAAAACAUCUGAGAUCCAGACAGUUUAUCCCACACAGUCUGAGAUCAAUUUAGCUUGUUCUGAGUCAUCUGAGGUCAAGACGAUUGAUCCUGAGCAGUCAGAGUUUAAGGUAGAUGAUCCUAAAAAGCCUGAGCUUCAAACAGCUGAUCUAGUCCCAUCUGAGGUCAUAUCAACAAAUCUCAAACAAUCCAAAGACAAACUGUUUGAUUCUGGAAAAAGAGAAGUCCAGCUAUCUGAUGCCAUACCAUCUCAGGUCAAGUCAGUUGAUCUCAAACAAUCUGAAGUCAAGUCAGUUGAUCCAAAACCAUUUGAGACAGGGUCAGUAGCUCCCAAGCAAUCCAAGGACAUACUUGCUGAACUUGGGGUGUGUGAAGACAAGUCAAUUGAUCUUAAACCAUCGGAGGUUAAGUCAGCUGAAUCCCCAUUUUCUGAGGUCAAGUCUAUUGCUCCUAAUAUGACAGAGAACGGGGCAGCUGAUCCCAAAUCCUCUGAGGUCAAAUCAGCUGCUACCACUGAUUCUGAUUUUAAUUCCAGUACUCCCAAUGAACCUGAAGUCAAGUCAGCUGCUUUCAAGGAAUAUGACAUCAAUUCAAUUCCUUCCAAUUCCUCAGACGCCAAGUUAUCUGAAAUGGAAGCAACUGAUCCCAAAUCUUCUGAGAUUGAAUCACAUUCCAAGGGGCCUGUGGUUAGAGCAGUUGAUCCUGAGGUUCCUGAAAUCAUGUUAGCUAUUUCCAAACCAAGUGAGGUUAUAUUAUCUGUUACAAAACCAGUUGAGAUCAACUCAACUGAUCCCAAAGUAUCUACCGUGAUAUCAGCCAAUCUAGAACUUUGUGACAUGGUAGCUCGUUUCCAUAGGUCUUAUGACCAAUUAUUAAGCAAUCCAGAAAUCUGUAGAAUAAGGUCAACAGGUGCUAAAUCGUGCAACAAUAUGCUUUGUAUGUUGGAAUUGGAUGAGCUGAGGUUGCAGAUUAAACAACUACGGAAGGAAUUAGAGGAGACUCAGGAACAAGCAGCCAGACACCAGAAGAGCUACUUGGAUUUACAAGGAUUGCUGGAGGAACAGCGAUUGGUCAAUGUGCAACAAACUGAAAACUUUGCCAAACAGAUCCAGCGUCUCCAAGUGCAGCUCCGGUCCGUUCAAGAGGAGAUUGACAGCUUAGAGGAAGAGAAGGAGAGUGAGCUGAUGGAAGCUCAUGAGGAGCUUCACAGUGCACAGGAGGAGAUUGUGAACCUUCGUCAGGCAGCCGAAGAGGCAGCGGGAGAGCGGGAGAAUGAGAUUGCAACUUUGCAGGAGGAGCUGUGUCGCAUUCGAGCAGAGCUGGAGCACCUUCAGCGGACAACAGUGGAGUAUGAACUUGAGAUCACCACGCUGCGAGCUGAGAUACAGAUGAAAAGCGACAGUCAGCAGAAGAAAAAUUCUGAGGAGGUCACCCAGCUCCAGGGUGCAGUCCAGUGCCUGCAGGUCGAGUGUCGAAAUCUGGCUCAAGAGUGUCGAGUUCUGCAGAAUGAUAAUAAACAGCUGAGGGAAAAGCUGCAGCAAAUGGAACGACAGAGCCACAGAUCGGUCGAAGGACUUAAAGUGGACUCUGUAGGGUCUGAAAGCUAUCGACUGCAGCAAGGUACAGAGGCCAAGGUAUUAUCUGAAUGCCUACCCAGAAAACCAAAUGACAAAGAACUAAAAAAAGCAGGAAUAAAGUGUCAGGAAGAACCAAAACUAUCUCAGAAGGAACAACAAUGGAAGUGCCAGGAGAAAUCUUCUGAUAAGAUAGCUGCUAGUGGCCGGGCGUUUGCAAGUGAACGGCAUGAAGAUGGGUGCUUAGUUAGCGGGCCUGAGGAUGGAAACAAGGGAGACGGUGUGAUGUCAACCCAGAAGACAGAAAAUCUUGAACUUGAUCCUAGAGCCCUGAAGAGGCCAGAAGAGAGAGGACAGUUUGAUGAAUUGGAUUUGAAACAUCGACUGCUGCAGGCAGAAGAGAAGGCUGUGAUAGUACAACAUGAGUGUGAAGGAUUAAUCACUGAGCUAAGAGCGCUAGAGGAGAGAUACAGGAGCAGUCAACAGGAGCGCAGCCAGCUGGAGUCACAGCUCAGGCAGUUCAAGGAAGAAAUCCACAAAUUGAAAGGGGCGCCUUGUCAGAAUGCCACUUUUCCUGACCCCCCUGUGCUCUCCUUGCCUGUGAUAGGACUGGUUGUACUGAUGGCUAUGCUGUGGUGCUGGUGGGCUGAGACCUCCCGGCAUUGACCAGAGUCGAACUGGAGUGUGGAUUCCAUUAGAGCUGAUGGUUAUUGCUACAGCUGGUCAUUCUUCCAUAUGUCAGCCUCACUCCUGACUUCUCAACAACCAAAAUGUGUUUGUUCCGUUCCCUCCUUCCUCCUCCUCUCUCCUUAUCCAUACCUCCCCACACCUUCUCACAAUCCACACCCUCCACUUCUCUCGGUUGUCCUGUUCCCCAAUUCCUUCCUCUUCUACUCUCAUCUCCCCAACCCAUGCCCCAUCUUUUCUUCUACCCUCUUCUCUAUUUACCCAUACAUCUCUUCACUUCUUCCCUUUAUUAUCACAUUGUCCACCUUUCUUUCCUUAUUCUCUUCCUUCCUACCUUCUUACUUUCAUUCCAUUCCCCAUCCUUCUAUUGGCCUUCCAUUCCCUUCUGUCCUUCCAUGUUUAUUCUGCCUCCUUGGUCCUCACCCCUACUUUUCUUCACCUCUUUUCCUUUCCCUUUUCAUUCAACUCUUCCUUGUUCUCUCACCUCUCCCUGAUAUCAUACCUCUGCCCCCUCACAUUUUCCCUUCGUUCUUCUCCUUCUCAUCACAUCUUCCUCUACCCCUUCCACAUACCUCUUUCCCAGUUCAUUCCCCCAGCUAUUGCUCUGUUUCUCUAGCUCUUUCCCAUCCCACCUCUUCCAGAGUUCUUCAAAACCCUUCUCCACAAACCCUCUUCACACCUCUUCCUCUAUUCAUUCCAUCUAUUGCUUAACCCCCAAUUCCUUUUUUCCACACAUUAUUUGUUGAUGACCCUUCACUCCUUUUACCACCUCUUCCCUCUCAUUUCUUUCACCCUUACUAUUCUUGCCUCCAUGACACCUUCCCCAGCUCUCCUAUCUGCGCCAUUUCUUCCCUUUCAAGUUUUCCUUGGUGCCUAAACCUGAGUAUUUGCCUGCUAUUUCUCCCAGCGUUCUGCUCUCCUGCUGUUCUGAAAAUGCUGCUGUACAUACUAGCCCAUCUGGAAUUUCUGAACCCACAUGUGCACUGCACACAGAUCUUUAUCUGUUUUCUCUAGCAAUAUUGGAUGAAACCUUCUCUAAACCAGAAUGAAAUGAACAGCUGCUGCCUACGAGGCACUCCGGAGUUGGGUGGAGUCAGGGAUCCUGUGCAUGAAUUAACAGAAAUUUAAUUAUCAGGGUUAUUACGGGGCUCUCAGAAUGUUCAGAUCUUUUGAUAAACUCCCAUCUAUAGGGAGACCCACACUUAAGGACACCACCUUGUAUAUUGAUAACACAGUAUUUCCUGGUGGUUUUUCCAAUUAUUUUGGUUUGUGAUCAAUGGACUGUCAGUGACCGGUGGGUCAUCCUGACUUUCUGAAUAUCUAUCACCAUCUGAUUCUCAACCAAUUGACAUUGUGUGAUCAAUUAGUUGUCCACGAUAGACUGUCAAAGAUUGACUAAAUCUGAGGGAAUAACUGAUCUUUAGUGAAAGAUCAGAGACCAAACUAGUGACCAACUAACUUCCGGUGAUUGACUGAUACCACUGAGUGACUGACCCUUAGGGAGUAUCCAGCCGAGCCGAAGUGUAUACCUGGCUUUACUAACUGACCAGCGGACUUUUAGUGAGUUAGCUACCACACAGCUCCGUGAGAUAAUGACCUUAAUGAGUGGCUGAUCCUCAGUCAGUGACCUCAGUAUUUCAUCAACUCUCAGCAAGUAUCAGAAUCUUUACAAUAGACAAUAGGUGCAGGGGUAGGCCAUUUGGCCCUUCGAGCCAGCUCCGCCAUUCAAUGUGAUCAUGGCUGAUCAUCCACAAUCAGUACUCUGUUUCUGCCUUCUCCCCAUAUCCCUUGACUCCACUAUCUUUAAGAGCUCUAUCUAACUCUUUCUUGAAAGCAUCCAGAGAAUUGGCUUCCACUGUCUUCUGAGGCAGAGCAUUCCAUAGAUCCACAACUCUCUGGGUGAAAAAGUUUUUCCUGAACUCCAUUCUAAAUGGCCUACCCCUUAUUCUUAAACUGUGGCCUGAUGAUUGUCUACAAGCCACUGAUUCUCAGUGAAAGGAAUUGCCGUCAAAAAUUAACCAGCCACAGUGAAUGACCAUUCCCUCAGCAACUAACUAACUCAGGACACGGACUGGCUGAGUGAUUGAUUGAUGACAGUGAAAGACCAACUCUGAGUGAUUACCAACCUCAGAGUAACUCGCUUCAACAGAUAACCUCAUCAAAUGAAUAGUCCUCAGCAAGCCACUGAUGUUCAGCAAUUUGACUGAUCCUCACUGACUGAGCAAGUUGCUUACUCUUAAUGAGUGGCCCAUUCUUGGCAAGCGACAGAUCCAUCGGUGGGUGACUGACCCUCAGUAAGUGGUCGAUUGUCAGUGAGUGAACAACCUUUGGAGUGAUUGUCCAUGAGUGAUCGAUCCCCACUGAGUGGUUGCACCCCAGCAACUGCCUGAUACUCAGUGAAGUUGUCUACAGUUAGUGAGCAACCCUCAGUCUGUGAUAGUGUCUGUGAUUGGCUGAUGUCAGCAAGUGCCGAUUGUCAAUGAGUAACUGAUUGGCCCUGAUUGACAAACUAUAAAUGAGAGAUUGCCCUAUUUACUUAAGCCCAUUACCCCUACUGGGGCAUAGGCCACUGAGAGCAGCUCACCAGAGUCCUGUAUCCUGGGUCAGUCUUUCUAGUUGUCUCCAGGUGUAGCCCACUUUCAGAGAUCCUUCCUCUCCCAGGGAUGAGAUCUCUGGAGCUUCUGUUGGUGUUUCUGUACUUCUGGGUUUUUAUAGGAUGGGUUUGCUAGCCCCAUGCCCAGCCCUCCUCCUUUUGCAGCUGGAUUGGAGGAAUUUCAGUGAGUAACUACCCUCAGUACAUAACUGACCCAUAGUGAGUGCUUGCUUCUUACUACUACUUUGAGCUUCUUCCACUGCCAUUUGAUAUCUUGAACCUGGUGAAUAGUAUGGAUGGUGAUCAGCCGAUUACUGGAUGUUGGGCUGCCCUUAGGCUCUUUAUACUUGGUGGUGCUCAUUAGGUAGUGCAUUUGACAGUUUGGGCUUGUUGCUGACACUCUGAAGAUUGCCAUUUUGAUCUAGCAGAUUUAUUCCUGUUAAUUCAGAUAUUGAGAAUUACAGAUGGAGUUACGGUCUGGUUGGACUCUGCUGCACCAUCAUCUGCACCAGCUCUAUUCUGCUGUAGUUUAUGUGAAAAUAAAGCCAGUGGUCAUAUCAAUAUUAAACCCCUUCUUUAGAAGGGUAUGUCCAGUUUAUAUAAUUUUGCUUCUUAAUCCAGUUCCUCCAUCCCAUUUGUCAUCCCUUUUGUAACCUUUCAGCGUCUUUUUGGACUUGGUUGACCAAAAAUGCUCACAAUUUCUCAGUGGGAUUGCACAAUAAACUGUGAAGAAGCAGGAAAAGAUUACUAUUUUAGGUC